AUGGGGACCGGUAGUGCACCGCCCUACCAGCCACAUUCUCCUCGCCACAUGCGCCAUGUGGCCUACCUUAUCCCAACUGCGAAAAGCCAGGUCGUAAGUCGUCGUCAAUACCGGUACCAGACAUCAGUCAAAUGCCCCGCCUCUCGGAUUGUAGGAAUCCUGUGUUAUCAGGGUAUUAUUACCCCUCAAACGAACUCCCAGGGUGCAAUAGGAUUUGAUUACACAAUUUCAUCAUUCGGCUCCUCCUCAUCAAAAAUUCGUAUCGCGAAACAGAAUGGCUACGCGAGCGAGAAUGAAUGUGCAAACAUUCCCGCGGCCACCUCUGUUGGAGAAGAUAUCUCGUCACUUACGAAUUGUGUGGAACGGCUUAGUGAUUGCGGAAACCCGAGAUGCCUAUUGGGUUCUGGAGACACAUCACCCCCCAAGUUCGUCACAAACCCGACCUGUAUAACGUACUAUUUACCACCAGCGGCUUUGAAGGUACCGCUUACCCCGACCCGUCGAAGCACGUACUGCGAGUGGAAAGGUGGAGCUACGUAUUACACAAUCACGGCUCCUAAACCGUCGUCUGGGACAUUGCCUGAGGUGAUCUCUAAUCGAAUCUGGUCUUACGAAUCACCAACACCCGGGUUCGAGGCGAUUAAGGGCUACUUAUCAUUUUAUGCUGACCCGUGGAGUUGCUUCGUCGACGACGAGGCAGUUCAGCCACAGCCGGGCGACUUUUACGGAGGAUGGGUGACUUCAGAGAUCGAUGGGAUCGUAAAGGGAGCUCAUGGCAACUGGGACCCUGUGGCUGAGGAUGCAAUGACAAGGUUACCUGCCGGUCGUAACCUUGGUAGCCGACUAUUCAUGUCCAUAAGUCCCAGCUUGCUCGUCGUGUUGUUCCAGCACACGGCCAGUAUUCAACUCGUUGCAGAUGUGAAGGCAGUCAAAGCUCAAGCUGGAUUCCCAGCACUGAUCAAGUUUAGUGGCAAGUCUGUGGAACCUAAGAGCUUCGUGUACAUCCAAGUUACAGCUCCGUUCCUGUAUAUUCUUUCUUUGUUCGACUUUGGCUAUGGGUCAGAUAGGUCGAGAUUGGAACAUUUGAGCCACAACGUUUUGAUAGAUGAAUAUGCAAUCUGA